AUGGAAGAAAUACAGCUGUAUGCUGAGGCGCUAAAAGCGUGGUUGGGUGACAUCGUCACUGUUCGCCUCGCGAUGGGGACACUUGUCACGGCCCCGAAGGUCCCUGUGGACUUCGGAGUCAAGUUCCUUGACCUUGAUAGCGUGGAACGCUGUCUAGUCUUAGACUUGGAUGCAAGUUAUAACGUCAUCCUAGGAAUGGCAUGGCUGGAACACCAUGAGCUAUGGAUUGAUUGGAGGUCAAAUACUUUGGGAGCUACGUGCACGUCUCCUGGUGGAGCUUUGAUGUGUCAUGAACCCACCUCUGCUAGGAGACAAAAGCGCUAUUGGCGAGAGCACUGGGCCGAGGUGGUCAACAUGCUGGACAUUGAAAUGUCCGAGUUGGUAGACACCAACGGUGUGUCGGACAGGAGUCCCGAGCGUGGCUCGUGGACUGAUCGUAGAGUGGCACGUAACCCACUAAGCGCUGCUCAAGUUUUGAAGCAGUCGCUGCAUGUCAUGCGUGACAUGGUCGACCAAGGGCCGAGGUAUCGAGGGCGAGGACCCCUUGAUGCAUGUGAAGUGGCACGAAAACCACUAGAUAGUGCUCUUGUUGCGAAGCAGUCGCUGCAUGCCAUUGAUGGCGUGGUCGGACAGAGUCCGAUGCAUCUUGGGUGCGGCCCUUCAGAUGCGCGUGGAGUGGCACGUUAUUUACUGGACGAAGACUGCGGGAUAGCAGCUCUUCGUCGAAUGUUGUAG